AAAACUAUAAUGUCCCGCGCUGGGCGUCCUGCACAAAGAGUCCCUGGGGGGAUGUGCAGACCCCCAAGCGGCCAACCCCCGCACCGCCGCCCACGCGUUCCCGCAAAGGAUUUAAAACCAAUCCAGGACUUUAAUGCGCCAGUUUCGGUCAGACCUCCGAUUCGCUUGCAGGGUUGCAUUGUUCUCAAGUGUUACGCCACGAAUCCCUUCAUAUCCUCUAUUUGUGUGAAUUAAUCGGUUUUUUAACCCAACAUGACUUCGCACGCAGUCCUGCUGAUGGCCACUGUUCUUUUACUGGCGGCGCUGGUAUCAGAAUACAGGGUGGAAGCGCGGUACCUGCCGACCAGAUCCAAUGGGGACCGAAUCGACAAGCUGCGAGAGCUACUCAAAGACCUGUUGGAAUCGGAAAUAGAUAAAGAAGAGUCCGAGACGCAAAAAUGGCGCCCGGACAUAAAAUACUUCGUUAAACGCGACGUUGAGCCCCGAAGCAACGAAAUGAAGUCACAUUAGUCAAUGUUUGGCGCCCCGGAGGCACGAUAUGACGACUUAGAGCAAUUCCAAAGGACCCAACCGUUUCCUUCUUCCUUCGACAAUAAUCUAGCACAUAACGUUUUAUAAAGAGUUUUAAAUCGAUGUUAUUUUUCGAUUGGCCAUCCUUGAGGGCGUUUGGUAAAUUGUCAAUUAGGAGCUUUCGCGCAUAGAUCUAAGGCUAACUAACAUAGGUGUUGGGAUAGAUAAGUUUACAAGAAGUCAUUCUUCACCCAUUUUCAGGCUAACACUCUAACUAGUCACUAAGGAGUCACGUUAAUGACAGUUUACUAAACUGUAACCAAUUUUAGGAUGUUUUAAACCAACAUUGCAAUGGUGUAAACGAAGCAUGUGAUGUGUCGUUCAAAUGUGUCUUAAAACGUCUGUAAUUGUACAAUUUUUAAUGCGGAAAUAAAUAAAAGCUAUAUGAUAUUGA